GCGUAGACCUGGAAAUGCUAGCCAUUUGGGGAUUUUUGGUUAACGUAGGGCCUUAUGACCCUUGCUAGGACGUUUUUGUGUCUGAUUUUGGAAGUUGUGGUUGAUUGAGGUCAGUUUGUGUAAUUUUGUCUUAAUAGGGGUAGGAGUAAUUGGAUGAUGGGAAUAAGUGUACUAGGUGGAAAAAUGCACACGCUUGCAGCAACAAAUGCACGGUGAUCUGUUUGAUGCGCUGUCUAGAGCCACUAGAGUUGCAGGGAAUUGUGGAGGGUUACUCCACUAGUUUGGUUUGCCUUGCUGGUGCGGGGGAAGUUGAUGGAAUCAUUUCCUUCAGUAAAAAACAUUCUUCUUCUAGACUCAGAAGGGAAGCGUGUAGCAGUCAAGUAUUACUCAGAUGAUUGGCCAACAAAUAGUUCAAAGUUAGCUUUUGAAAAAUCUGUUUUUACUAAGACUUUUAAGUCUAAUGCUCGGGCAGAAGCGGAGAUAGCUAUGUUCGAGAACAACAUUGUUAUUUACAAGUUUGUGCAGGACCUGCACUUCUUUGUGACUGGAGGUGAUGAUGAAAAUGAACUCAUCUUAGCCACAGUUCUUCAGGGAUUCUUUGAUGCAGUUGCCCUUCUCUUGAGGAACAAUGUUGACAAAAUGGAGGCACUUGAGAACUUGGAUCUCAUUCUCUUAUGCCUUGAUGAGAUUGUUGAUGGAGGGAUGAUACUUGAAACAGAUGCCAGUGUCAUUGCAGGAAAAGUUGCGACCCAGAGCAUGGAAGCUGACGCACCAUUGUCUGAGCAAACUAUAACUCAAGCAUGGGCCACGGCACGUGAGCAUUUGACAAGAUCCCUUCUCAAAUGAUUUAUGCCGCCGACACCACAGAGGAUUUGUCAGAUUGAGUUGGAUUCUUUUGGUUGUUGAAAUUUCAGCUUCUGCAGCUGCGAAAUUUCCUUCUUUUUCCUUU